AGGGACGAACGGGUGGAGGUGAGAGAAAUGGGAGGAACGGGCGAGGAUGGUGGUGCAGGGUGGCUGGGGGCCGCACUUACAACACCCCUUCCCAUCAUCCCCGCUUCCCCCGCUUCCCCCACUCUCGCCCUUGCCCCCAUUUCCCGCAUCCCCCCCGCUGCCUCCGCAGCACUCCCCAGGCUCCCCGCGCGCCCAUGCAGGGAGGCUUCCGUCCUCCCCCCUCUCUUCCGCCGCCUGGCGCGCAGCGGUGCGCGCGGAGCAGUCUUCGAGGUGGGGCGGAAGGGGAACGUUGGGGGGAAGGACGAGCGGCGAAGGGGGGAGGAGGGUGGAGGCAUUCUCGAGGCCGUACGCCUGUGA